CGUGCUUUGUCAUUAUCAAACUCCCACAACCGCAACCCCGCCUCACGUGGAUGCAAUUGGAGCACAAAUCCGCCUUCGACAUCCUAGGCGACACCAUGGCAGACGCUCCGGAUGCCGCCAUCGACCAUGCAGCCGCCAUCGACUACUGGAAUUCGGUGCCGCCCACCGUCAACGGCAUGUUGGGAGGCUUCCCCCAAAUCUCCCGCAUAGAUCUUCAGGGAUCGUCCAAUUUUCUCGCCAAGCUGCGCCGGGCGCGCGGGGAUGCGAAUACGGGCCUCCUCCCCCACGCACUCGACUGUGGAGCAGGCAUCGGACGCAUUACCUUCGGCUUUCUGCUCAAAGUGGCACAACAGGUCGAUAUUGUUGAGCCUGUGGGGAAGUUCACCGAGCAGCUGAAAGAGACGGAGGGUUUCAAGGAGCUGGCUGAAGCUGGCCGUAUUGGGGACAUCAAAGUCACCGGCCUGGAAAAUUGGGUAUCAACUGCACCGUACAAGUACGAUUUAAUAUGGAACCAAUGGUGUGUGGGGCACCUCACAGACUUGCAGCUCGUCGAAUACUUCAAGAGAUGUCACGAGUACUUGGCAGAGGGCGGCUGGAUUGUGGUCAAGGAAAACCAGAGCACGAGCAUUCAAGGAGAAGACAUCUUCGACGAUGAGGACAGCAGCGUUACCAGGACGGACGAGAAGUUCCGGAAGCUCUUCGAGGAGGCGGGGUUGGACAUUGCUGCUACUGAGUUGCAAAGGGGGUUCCCUAAAAGCCUAUACCCGAGGUCGUACCGCCCCUGGUAUAAGGCACAAUCGACACGAUCUCAGAACCUUGCUAUUGCCGUCACUCCACACCAAAUUCCUUCGGAUCGCAUCGUGGAAGUAGACCUGAAAGCAGCAGAGGUAACCAGUUGCCGCCUUAUAGAAGCUACCACGAACUUAAAAAAUACCCAAAAGCACCUUGUCCGUCAAAAUGGAUUCUAUAUUUCCCAAAAAAGCGAAGAAAACAUGUUCAUCAAGCGGAACAGCAUUCUCCUGUUCUCUUGAUCGAUUGAUUGAAAUAGUAUUCGUCGCUGCCAACGAAAUUCACCACCUAACGGAACAACGACGUCUGAACGGAGUGGGCACAAAACCCUGUUAAGAUCUUCUCACUCAUAUCCAGGACUCAGGUAAGUAGCUAGACAAGGAUUACUUCAUAGGGACUGCCUAUUUCCAUCCUCAUCUCGCUGAACAGUGAAGCUCUUGACGAUGAGGAGCGU